GGACCUUGAUUAUCAUAGAAGAAGCCUUCAGAGAUGUUCCAAAUGUUGAAGGUCCAGAGGAGACGUGACCUCUCUCUCUUUUUUCUCCUGCUCCCUCGUUCUCGUAGUGUCAUCAUCACCACGGUCCUCUACCUCUCCGACGCCCUGAGGAAAAACUUCCUCAGUGACAGCUUCGACUACAAGGUGUGGGACUCGUACUUCUGUCUGUCUGUAAUCUUCAUCAACCAACCCUGCCUACAACUGGAGUCCUUCUCUCCCUCCAAGAGGAAGAAGAUACUGGAAAAGUAACACACACACACAC